AUGGGGCGUCAGCCAAGACAGCGGCCCAUCUCAUGCAAGCUCUGCAGGCAGCGCAAACUGCGGUGCAGCCGCAUCUUCCCCUGCUCUAAUUGUACAUGUCGUGGUAUCACUUGUGAACAUGAUGGGCCUGGAACGGCGCAAGCGUCGGCGCCAAGAUCGGGCCUCGCGCCUAAUUACAGUGCCAACGCUCCCGUCGCCGUACCCGAGCAGGAUGACACAGACCUGCGAAUGACUGAAGGCGAGCAGUCGGUCGCGCCACCAGAUGUGCCAAAUGCCGAGCUGCUGGCGCGCCUCGAAAAGCUUGAGGCCCUUAUCGCUGCUCAGAACAAAGAGGGCAUGCUGAGUAAACCAGAGCCGACGAGCUAUUCAGGAGCUCUGCCGCCAAAUCAGUCCUCUGCUGUGGCGUCGCCAAUGUCGCCACAACUUCAAAAGUUGACCGACGAUGCGCUGUGGCUCGAAAGAUCGUUUACAGGCCAAUCUAUGUUGGAACCUCUUUGUGAUCCAAUAUCUUUUCGCACUUGCCCAGUGCGCCGUAUUGUCAAGCAGGGCAAUUUCGUACUGCAAAGUGACCCUUCUGCACCUGCGUUUGGUUCGGGAGAGGUGACCAGAUGUAUAUGGCUGCCCCGCCGCGACGAAGCUCGCAUCAUCGCGCACAAGUACAUAUCCGAUGUCAACCACUUCCAUCAUGUGGUACACGUACCGACGUUGAUGGACACUAUCGAGCAGAUAUACGAUUGCAUUGACAGCAAUACGACACUGGACAUCGGGUUAAUGACGCUUCUCCUCAGUAUGUGCGCUGCCUCGACAUAUACGUGGUCGCCUCAAGACGAUGCGCGACUUCUCUACGGAACUGUGGAAGAGGCCAGAGCUCAGGCGCUGUGGUGGGUGAAAGCUGCGCUCGAUGUUAUGGACCACGCGCAGCGUAUUGCGCACUCCUCUUUGGAAUGUAUUCACGGCAUGGUCAUCCUUUUUUAUGUCUUUUGCAACAUUGAAGGCCUCUCACCACGCGCAAGGAGUCUCAACGCCCGCUCCAUAACCAUGGCCCGAGAACUGUCACUACACCGAGUUGAUGCUCCCAGUAACCGCGAAAUGUCCAGCACGGGCAGUCUCCGGGUCGAGAUGUACAGAAGGACAUGGUGGUUUCUUGUUGCCACUGACUGGAUGGUCACACAGUUUGCCUUCCCUCAGGAAGGGUCAUUCACUAUUCAUCCAUUUCAUAUGAUGGUACGCAAGCCAUCCAACGUGAAUGAUGAUGACAUUGUUGAUAGUCAACCUGUUAUCGGACGCCCAUUGACAGAACCAACGGAUGCAUCUGCCUUGAUCUAUCGCAUUCGUCUGGCUGAGCUUUGCCAGAAUAUGCUUGAUAAAGAUCGCACAUAUGCCUUUCAGGCACAACCGGUCGAUCACAAAUUUGUCAUGGAGAUGGAUGCCAAAUUUAGGGUGUACCUGCGAGAACUGCCUGACUUCUUCUCCAUGGACAGCACAAAUAUGCACACUCUCUCUCCGUCGGAUCCUCGCCGUGACCCGAAAAUCACGAUUCAGCGCUACACGCUAAAUCUUCUCAUAUACAGACACCUCUGCAAGCUGCAUUUACCAUUUCUCGCAAGAGGUUCUGUGGAGCAAGCGUACUCGUAUUCAUAUCAAGCUUGCAUGGCAGCUGCCAGGAUGAUCGUUCAGACCGAGAAGCACCUGAAACUUGAAGACCUCCCGUUUUCCAGCACGCGAUUGAGGUCCGUUAUUAUCCUUCGAAGCGUGUUCCUCGCCAGUAUUGCCCUCGUUCUCAAUGCUUGCAUUGGUAGGCAGACAGAAGAGACUCCUGCCAAUGACUCGCAUCUUGUUGAGGCUUGGCGUAUCAUGGAUGAUGCUAAAGAUCAGUCGCCUGUGGGAGCAAAGCUUCUUGAUUUGUCUGUUCAAGUCUUGAAGCGACAUAUGCCGAAUCAUCCGGCUCUCAAGAUGUUUACAGCGCUACCCGCCACGAUGCCAAUGACACCCGACUCUGCAGGGCGAGAGGAGCAGCGCCGGAAUAUGCCGUUUCAAGGCUUCGUUCCUGAGCCCGAAGCAUCAUAUAUGGAUCAGCAAUGGCAAGCAUUGGAAGGUCGUAUGGACCUCAACACCAUCGAUUUCGAUAAGCUGUUCUAUGGACUGGAAGCGCCCUUCAUCUAG